AUGCCGGCGGACAUUGACUUGUAUGAAGUGCUUGGUGUCGCGCGCGACGCCAACCAGGAGGACAUCCGCACAGCCUAUAGGCGGCAGGCGCUCAAGACACAUCCUGAUAGAGCACUGCCAGAGCGCAAGGAGGAGUGCACUGCGCAGUUUAAGCUAGUGGCAGAGGCAUACGAAGUGCUUUCAGAUCCUAGCAAGAGACGGGAAUACGAUACAGCGGGAUCCCACUCCAGAUUUGCAGCUCAACCAUCGUCUACAAAUACCCACAAUGCUUUCGGACAGUGUUCAUUCAGCAGCAGGAACCGGCCCAGCGGCGGCUUUGGCUUUGACUUCUCGGAUCCCUUUCAAAUGUUUGAAGACCUCUUCGGACGUAAUUUCGGGGUGGGCCACGGUGAAAUGGCUUCACCGUUCGGCCAACGCGACCCAUUCUUCGCCAACCACCAGGUGAUGGCGGACAUGGGGUUUGGGCUUAACAGGUCCAUGAAGGGUCACCAGUUUGGCGAAAGCGCGUUUGGUCCCUCUGACCCAUUUGCAUUCGGCUGCGCGCAGCCGAUGUUGGGCGGACUGUUUGGUCGAUCGAUGUUCAAUGACCCCAGCGCAGGAGGCAUGCUGCAACCGAUGAGCAUGUUUGGUACCGGCGAUGGACAGCAGAGCUCGCAAAGCAGCAUGAGAUCUUUUUCCAGCUUCAGCAAAAAUCAAUCUGGUGGGUUUAUCCCAAACCCACAGAGUGUGCAGAGCAACAGUCGCAGCAUAUACCAGUCGAACAGGAAUGGGCAGAUCGAGACGGUCACGCGCGAGAUUGCUCCUGAUGGAACCGAGACGAUCUACCGCAGCGGACCGCAAGGGGCGUUCGUCACCGUCAAUGGGGAGCCUCAACCCGAGCACCCACUGCUUCAAGGCAGGACUACUCGCCAACGUGUCGAGCGGACAAAUGCAUCUCCCUAA